AAAACCGAAAUCAGUUGCGUCGCAGGUCUCCAAAUCAACGAUCGCUACGGUGCAUUGUACAAUUGAAACGGUAAAUUCGGUAUUGCUGUGAACCCAAUUAAUUAAUAAAUACGAAUAACGACAUCAACAACAAACAGCUGCUGCUAACUAGUUGAAAAUGAUGCGAGUUGUAAUCAUCAGCCUGGCCCUCUGUGCCACACUCACGAAUGCAGGACAAACUCGCAACUCACCCAUGGAGGCGAUUGCGUAUGUGACUGGACCGAUGCAGGCGGAUAAUAGGCAGGUGAAGGGCAACGUGACCUUCACCCAGAACGAUUGUGGCCAGAGUGUGCAUGUGCGCAUCCAGCUGGAGGGUGUCAAGGAGGGCAAGCAUGGCUUCCACAUUCACGAGAAGGGUGACCUGAGCAAUGGCUGUGCCAGCUUGGGCGCUCACUAUAAUCCCGACAAGGUCGAUCAUGGCGCUCCCCAUCACGAGGUACGGCACGUCGGUGAUCUGGGCAACAUUGAGGUGGGUCCCAGCGGUACCAUCGACGUCACCUACACGGAUGCCGUGAUCAGUCUAAGCGGCAAGCGUACAAUCAUCGGACGCGGUGUUGUCGUCCACGAAAUGGAGGAUGAUCUCGGACUGGGCAAUCACACGGACUCCAAGAAGACCGGCAAUGCUGGCGGCCGCAUCGGUUGCGGUGUUAUUGGCAUUAAGUCGGAUGUGGAUGAUUGGCCCUGUCUGCGGGACGGUGCCGGAACCCUGCACCAAUCCCUAUCCAUACUGAUGUUCGUUGUUGGUGUGCUCAUUGUCAGGGACAGCAUGUGAUCGCUGAUCGCCGAUCAGUGACCAAGUAUUAUUAUAAUCUUAUGUCAUUCAUACAGUACUUAAUUAAUUAACAACAAACAAAACAACAACCAAAAAAAAAUACUCUCACACUCUGCUUGUAAAUUUGCCUGAAAUGUUCAUUAACAAUAAAAUCGAAAUUCCUUUUA